AUGUCUUCAUCAAUACCCUCACAAUACCCAGAAAAGCCCGAGCCAUCCCACCAACACCCACACGUUGAAACGGAAGAAAGCCUUCGCAACCUGGGCAUUACAGAAAAUCAUAAACUCGACUACAAUUAUCCAACCAUUGGUCACAAUGCAGAACCCGUAUUCCCGGAAGAGUACACAAUCGAAACCAAUACCGGACUGGUUCCUCAAAAGACCCUCGAGCAGGUCCGAUCCCAUACCUCGACUUCAUCCACACAUCGUGACACAUCCAGUGAUGAGCAAGCUACAGACCUGGAAAAGGGAGGGAAUGGACCUACGGAGUUUGUCACUUUCACGAUAGACGACCCAGAGCAUCCAUACAACUGGUCUCGCGCGUACCGGUGGUACAUCACAAUGGUCGCUUCCGCUCUCGUCGUCUGCGUCGCAUUUGGUUCAUCCAUCGUCACCGGUGGACUGGGUUUGAUAGAGGAUCAGUACAACGUCUCUCUUGAAGUCGCAAUCCUAACAUGUUCCAUCAUGGUUUGUGGUUUCGCCGUCGGCCCACUACUAUGGUCCCCGCUCUCCGAAAUCAUCGGCCGCAGGCCCGUGUACAUCAUUUCACUCUUCCUAUACACUAUCUUCAACAUCCCCUGCGCUCUUUCUCCAAACAUUGGCGGUCUCCUCGUCUGUCGCUUCCUCUGUGGCGUCUUUUCAAGCUCUGGUCUCUCUCUAGCCGGUGGCACAAUCGCCGAUAUCUGGAGCAUCGAGGAGCGCGGUAUGGCAAUCGCCUAUUUCGCCGCAGCACCUUACUGCGGACCCGUACUAGGCCCCAUUGUCACAGGCUGGAUCAACGUCGGAUCAGGUCGUCUGGACCUCUUCUUCUGGGUGAAUCUCGCCUUCGCCGGCGCUAUCAUGGUCCUCAUCGGUCUAGUCCCGGAAACAUACGCACCAGUGAUUCUCAAGCGACGCGCUGCCCGUUUGCGCAAGGAAUCUGGAAACCCGAAUAUCAUCACUGAGAUGGAAAAGACGAAGCAAUCUUUCCGUGAAAUUGCCCGCACCAGUCUUAUCCGCCCUAUCACCAUGAUCAUGACAGAGCCUGUCCUCGAUUUGAUGUGCAUGUACAUCGUUCUCAUUUACGCGAUGCUCUACGCCUUCUUCUUUGCGUAUCCCGUCAUCUUCGGAAAUCUAUACGGUUACAAUGACGGCCAAAUCGGAUUGAUGUUCAUCCCCAUUUUGAUUGGUGCCGCGUUCGCUCUGGUGGUCACACCAGCGAUCGAGAACAAGUUCCGGAAGAUUUGCAGCGUGAGGUCUCCAACGCCCGAGGAUCGACUUCUGGCCGCGCUUAUUGGUGCGCCUUUCAUUCCCAUUGCUUUCUUCUUGCUGGGCGCUACGUCUUACAAGCAUAUUAUCUGGGUUGGACCUGCUUCGUCCGGUAUUGCUUUCGGCUUCGGAAUGGUUCUUUGCUAUUACGCUGUCAACAACUAUAUCAUUGACUCUUACCAGAAGUAUGCCGCUUCUGCGCUGGCGGCGAAGGUCUUCCUGCGGUCUGGGGGUGGUGCUGCAUUCCCCUUGUUCACUACGCAGAUGUAUGAUCGUCUCGGGCUACAGUGGGCUUCUUGGCUCCUGGCUUUCAUUGGUGUUGCUAUGGUGUUCAUUCCGUACAUCUUCUGGCUGUGGGGUGGAAAACUGCGGGCGAAGCUUAGUCACGAGUGA